GAAGGAGGGAGGGAGCGUCUGGGGCCGCUGCUGCUGCUUCCCCGCCGCCUCUUCUACCUCCCGGCCCCGGAGCAUCGUCCCGUCACCGGCCCCGCCGCCUCCAGCCCUGACCGACUCUAGGAUAAACUCUGAGCGAGCUCUGUUAUUGGCUUUGAGUCAGAAGUGUCUGGAAGCCUUAAUGAAAACCAAGUGUAAGGCAAGUCUCAGCCACCUGUCCCCGGGAUCCCCAGCCAAGCGCUCUGGGCUUCCAUUAAUCAGUGGAUCUGCCUCUUGGAAAGUGGCUUUUGCAUGCUGGACCCCUACCCUGGGGCGACCGCAAAGCAGAGUUGGGGACUUGGAAGCCCCCCGGGUAAUUUCUCUAAGCCAGAUGCCAAAGCCUGGCUGGCAUUGCCGGCAAUUCUGCAUUUCCAAAACUCCUACAAAAGCCCUUGCAAGAAGAAAGAAAGGGGUAGGAAAGAAGCUCUUUAUGCUGCAGGUCUGCAGUCCUGUCCCCUCUCCCCAGGAGCAGCACCUCUCCCAUCUCCCUACUUCACAGAGAUACAGCCUAGUUACUUUUCAAGGGAAAUUAGCUUAGGGGAGAAUAUUUUUUUUUUUUUCUUUUUCUUACAGACAUGAGCUGCUUUGAUUGCCUGGAAGCAUGAUUUCCUGAAACCUGCUCCUUUCUGGCUCUUGCAGUGAGGUUCACAAUAAAACGUAUUGUGGUUUCGAGCUGGGUUUUACUUAAGAAAAUGCCAUUCUGGGUUAUUCUCUUUCAUGAGGCAGAUGGAGAAAGAGAUGAAAGGCUGACACUUGGGAUACUUCAUUUCAACUCUUUAAUUGUGGGUGGUUUCUCUUCUAUAAGAACAGGCUUCUUCCAUGGGAAUCGGUGGGAAUUAGAGUGGAACAAACUAAAAAAAAAAAAAAAAAAGAAAAAUAAUGGCUGUUAAUUGCAUUUUUUUGUUCAUGAAGCUUUUCAUCUCAUUCUUCUAGGACCAGUUCUGUAAAGGGGGAUAUUUAAAUGCACUGCUUUUGUAGAACCAGGGACACUUCUUGUUACUCGCUGCCUCUUGUGCAACGCUUGCUUUGAUGUAAUCCACAUUCUCUUCCAAGACAGGCUUGGAGCCUCAGCUUGCACUGGUGGUAUCAGGUGCAGCCACUGGGAGCCAGUGCAAAGCUGUGGUUUGGAAGAUAGCCACCGAGAUGGGAUGUGAACCUGUACAGUGCUAAUGCUUCUGCUAAUUAAAUAUAACUCCAGGAUCAAGCCCUUGCAGUCACUGUUGCUUGGUGUCACUUAGCUGACCAGGAAUGCUGAAGAAGACCCGUGCUGUGAUGAAGAUACCUAAGUGGAGGUGGAGCAGCAUCUUCAUCAGUGUGCGAUCCCAGCUGAAAGGCACCUUGGCCCUUCUCCUCGUGGGCAACGUUGUCUUUGUCAUAGCUCAGGACCUGACUCAGACCUCCAACAGCCUGGAGGAAGGGGCGGACGUCACGGCGUACUGGUGGGGCGAAUGGACCAAGUGGACGGCGUGUACCAGGACCUGUGGGGGAGGCGUCAAGUCCCAGGAGAGGCACUGCCUGCGGCAGAGAAGAAAGUCAGUGAGUGGGCUGGCUAAUAAAACUUGCACUGGAACAUCCAAAAGAUACCAACUCUGCAAAGUACAAGAGUGCCCUGCGAACGGAAGGAGCUUUCGAGAGGAGCAGUGUUCAUCAUUUAACUCCCAUGUGUAUAACGGCAGAACGUAUCAAUGGAAACCUUUAUAUCCUGAUGACUAUGUUCACAUUUCUAGCAAGCCCUGUGACCUCCAUUGCACCACUGUGGAUGGUCAGAGACAGUUAAUGGUUCAGGCUCGGGAUGGAACAUCCUGCAAAUACACUGAUUUCCGAGGGGUUUGCGUGUCUGGAAAAUGUGAGCCGAUUGGCUGUGAUGGCAUUCUCUUUUCCACCCACACCUUGGAUAAAUGUGGUGUUUGCCAAGGAGAUGGGAGCAGCUGCACUCACGUGACCGGCAGUUACCGGAAAGGAAAUUCUCAUCUUGGCUAUUCUCUGGUAACGCACAUUCCUGCUGGAGCAAGGGAUAUCCAGAUAGUAGAACGGAAAAAAUCUGCAGAUGUUCUGGCUGUGGCUGACGAAGCUGGGUACUAUUUCUUCAAUGGGAACUACAAAGUUGACAGUCCAAAGAACUUCAACAUUGCAGGCACGGUGUUCAAGUACCGCAGGCCCAUGGAUGUUUAUGAGACUGGCAUAGAGUAUAUUGUUGCACAAGGACCGACAAAUCAAGGGUUGAAUAUAAUGGUUUGGAAUCAAAAUGGCAAGAAUCCAUCCAUCACGUUUGAAUACACCCUCCUGAGGAAGCCACACUCAAAAAAUCUGCAGCCCAUCUACUACACCUUCUCUGAGUCAGAUAGCGAAGAAAGCAGAGAAUUCGAUGGAGACGUGCCCUUGGGUUUUAUCCAGCACAAUGCAACCUAUUUUGGGAAAAUCUCCAGGGAAAGAAUAGAUUUGGAGAACCAGGUGUUUGGAAGGCAGGACACGGAGGAAGAUUUAAACUUGAGCAAAGGUCAGGAAACCAAUGAGGUCUAUGAAAGAGCAGAAACAAUUGACUGUGAGCCAAAACUGAAGGGCAAACAACCCCAAGAUUCAAACGUAACCAGGUCUACUUACCAGACAGACCAUGACGACAGAGACUUCGACCCCAGGUUCACCUCCAGGGAAUUCCUUUUGGAGAAUGCCAUCACGGACAAGCUGCUGGACAAGACCUCGGACUCCAAGGAGCUGGUGCUGAACAUGACCAUGAACAGCAUCUUUGCCCAGGGAGACCCAAUCAACUCCGUGGGGUCACACAUCGACAGCCUCUAUGUUGACUAUGAGGACACAGAUGGCGUUGUGACCUACACUGUUAAUAGCACUUACAUGGAGCUGAGCAAUGGCAAAGCCAUCAACACGUCUGCAGAGAUGCCAUUUUCAAAUGCCACUGUCACCAUGAGCAGUCCUCAAGGGAACAGAACCCACAAAGCAAGAAACAGAUUGAAGUUGUUAAGAAAGGGCCAAGGUGUGAGUGCUGCUGACAUGUACAGGUGGAAGCUUUCCUCCCAUGAACCCUGCAGCUCUACAUGUACCACAGGAGUGAUGUCCACAUAUGCUAUGUGUGUUCGCUAUGAUGGGAUCGAAGUGGAUGAUACGUACUGUGAUGCCAUGACCCGUCCUGAGCCCAUCCAUGAGUUCUGUGCUGGGAGAGAGUGCCAGCCAAGGUGGGAGACGAGCAGCUGGAGCGAAUGCUCCCGCACCUGCGGGGAGGGCUACCAGUUCCGCAUCGUCCGCUGCUGGAAGAUGAUCUCCCCGGGAUUUGACAGCUCCGUUUACAGCGACCUCUGCGAGUCUGCUGACAUCACCCGGCCAGACGAGCGCAAGGUCUGCAAGAACCCAGCCUGCGGGCCCCAGUGGGAGAUGUCCGAGUGGUCCGAGUGCUCAGCCCGGUGCGGGGAGCGGAGCGUGGUGACCCGGGACAUCCGCUGCUCGGAGGACGAGAAGCUGUGCGACGCCAGCGCCCGGCCCCUGGCCGAGAAGAACUGCACAGGACCGCCCUGCGACCGGCAGUGGACCGUCUCCGACUGGGGACCGGGAUGGAGCCAUGCUGCCUUCCCCGCCGCUGACCGCCCGCUGUGCCCGGUGUGGUUCCAGUGCAGCGGCGGCUGCGGGCAGGGCAGGAUGAUCCGGCACGUGUACUGCAAAACCAGCGACGGGCGGGUGGUGCCGGAGUCGCAGUGCAACCUGGAGACGAAGCCCCUGGCCAUCCAUCCCUGCGGGGACAAGAACUGCCCCUCGCACUGGCUGGCACAGGACUGGGAGCGGUGCAACACCACGUGCGGCCGGGGCGUGAAGAAGAGGAUCGUCCUCUGCCUGGAGAUCGUCAACGGCAAGAUCAAGACCCGUAACCCCGCCGACUGCGACGUGGCCAAGAAGCCGGUGGAGGAGACGACGUGCUUCGAGCGGCCGUGCUUCAAGUGGUACACGACCCCCUGGUCGGAGUGUACGAAAACCUGCGGCAUCGGUGUGAGGAUGCGGGACGUGAAGUGCUACCAAGGGAAGGACAUUGUCCGGGGCUGCGACCCACUGAUGAAGCCGGUGGGCAAACAGACCUGUGACCUGCAGCCCUGCCCCACGGAGCCCCCAGAUGACAGCUGCCAGGACCAGGCAGGAACCAACUGUGCUUUGGCCAUCAAAGUCAACCUGUGCAGCCACUGGUACUACAGCAAAGCCUGCUGCCGCUCCUGCCGCGCACCCCACUCCUAGAGCCCGGCAGCACCCGGCACCCCCGGGCUGCUCCUCCCUAGCAAGGGCUCCGUCUACCAUUUAGUAAGCGCUACACAUCCCACAGACUGGCGUUAAGGAUGCUUUUGGGUUGUUUAUUUUUUCCCCACAGUUGCAGAACUACUAUCCUUGUCCCUCUCCCGUGUAGAGGAACGGUGCCGGCACGGCUCGGUUGCAAAGCCGUUACCGCUGUACAUUGGCAGCCCCCCGUUAUCAGAGCUGUACAUAAAGUCGUGUAUAUUUGAUUCCCCCGAACUGCAGACACAUGCACGUGUUUCACAAAGUCUUGUCCUUUGGUUUCUUUCCUCUAUGCAAGUUUGGGGUUGACGAGGGGAAGGUGUGAACUCUGAAGUGCAAGUUUCCCUUCGCAGAGAGGUUUAGUGCCUCUCUCCUAAUUUAUCCCCGAGACCUGCACGCUCUCGUUAGCUGCAUUUAACGUGGGGUGAAGCUGAUAUUUGUUUGCUAAAUGAACUUGAGCCCGAGCCCUUUUUUUGUAAUAUGUAGGUGUAUACUUUUUCAGAGAAUUUUAUCUUAUAAUCAAAUGUUAGUUCCAUAGUCCUUACAACCCGCCCCGUAAUGCUGACAUAUUGUAUAUAAUAUGGAAACAUAACUGCACUUUAUAUCACAAAAAAGACGUGCUCUUUUUUAAUAUAUUUGUUUACAGACAGUGAACUUUAUCCAUAUAAUCAUUAAUUUGUACUCAUAUGUAUAUUUUAAUAAAGUUGUCAUAUUUAU